AUGCUUAUCAUCUUAUUGUUAAAAUACAAACGGCGGAAAAUGGCUCCAAUGUUAUCAACGCCUGUACAUGAGGCAGUUGAAACUGCACCAGAAUCAUUGCAAAUUGAUCAGGUAAAUUAUUCAUGGUCAUGAUACGUUGUUGCUGAAUGGUUGUUACAUAUAUAGGCUUCCAGGAACAGUAGUUUUGAACUAAUAGAGCUAUCCAAUAUAUGGUUUAGUUUAAGUUUUCUCCUGUGGUAACAAGUACUGAACCAAUAGGAUUGGCCUUUACUGGACCACAGUUCGCAACUGAUAUCCAGAAUAGAUAGUAUAAUGUUUAGAUAAUUUUCUACUAGACUAGAUAGAUAGAUAGAUGGAUGGAUGAAUGGACGGACGGACGGACGGACGGACGGACGGACGGACGGACGGACGGACGGACGGACGGACAAACAGACAGACAGACAGACAGACAGACGGACGGACGGACAGACAGACAGACAGACAGAUAGAUAGGUAGAUAGGUAGAUAGAUAGAUGAUUUGAUACUUAAACUCGCAGCCUUGGUAAUACCUUUGGCUGUAUAACGUUAAGUUUUACAACAAUACAUUAAAAAAAGGUUAAUAAAAAUAUUUAGCUCUAAGCCAUGUAUUUACGUGCAUUAAAACACAUUAAAUAUUUUACGUAUAUUCUGUAUAUUUACUGGAAUUACGGUUAAUCAAAUCGUUUUUACAUCUAAUUGUCUUAAAAUUAGGAACUAAAAACUUUCUUUUUACUCUUAGAGAUACCUGAGUGGUUUAGUGUGUGUAAUAGGUGAUAUAGUUUGUUUUGAGGAUCAUUACAGUGAAAAUACAAAAAGUGUCCCACUUCCGCUUCUGUAGUUUGUUGUGAUUUACUGUAAUUUGUUCUGUUUUUCUGUAGCGAUUACCGAUUUAUCGGCAAAUACUGCGAUACAAUUUAGAUUCCGUUCCUUUUGUGCAAUGAAACUAACGAAAAAUGUAUUAUUUCCCUUUGCUACAAAUUAUCAUAUUUAAAAAUAGAAAAAAACUAAGUUUUAUCGCGGUAUUUGUCGAUAAAUCGGUAAUCGCUACAGAAAAACAGAACAAAUUACAGUAAAUCACAACAAACUACAGAAGCGGAAGUGGGACACUUUUUGUAUUUUCACUGUAACAAUAGUUUUAAAAAAUUUGUUUGUGAGGUUUUGUCUUCGUUCGGCCAGAGACGUAAGACUUAGCUCGUUAAGUGCAUUUUCGUAGGAGUGUCCAGGAAGAAUUAUUCUGCAUGCCCUUCUUUGUAGUUUCUCGAGGUCAUCGGACAGGUAUUUAGGAAGAGAGUCAUGGAACACUGCACACGCGUAUUCAGCCACCGACCGAAUGCAAGUGACAAAAAACAAAAGGAGGUUUUUAUGGUAAUUUGGUUCGUUUCAAUUGUCUCAAAAAGUAUAAGCGGGAUGAGACUUUUUUGCAUACGUUCUCGACAUGUGUGUUCCAUUUAAAAUCGUUGGAUAUGGAUAGGCCUAACAGUGUUGCAGACGGGACCACUUCAAUUUCUUUGUUGUUGAUGAUAAUAGGUUCAAAUUCGACAUUUGUAGUUGAAAAGCUAAUGCUAAGUUCUUUACACUUGGAUUCUUUUAGAUGCAUACCAUCGAUUCCGGACUUCGCGGCGAAUACGUUAACAUAAGUUUGCAUUGCACUAGAUUGAUCUUUGUUGACAGCUUCACACAUGGUUGAGUCGUCAACGUAUUUCCAAAGGCUUGCGUCACCAGCAACGUUGAGAUCGUUCAUCAAACUAGAAAGAGCCAGGGACCUAAUGAGAGUGGCCUUUACUGUCCCUAGAUAGAGCAGUUUAGAACUGAUAGAGCUAUCCAGGGUAACUACUUUAGUUUAUAUAGAUUUCCUCCUGUAAUAACACCCUGGCUGAAUAACAAAUAAGCCUUACUGGACCUCCAGAGAGAAAGAUUUAGAAGUGAUAAAGCUUUCCUGUAUAAAUAAAGUUGGUUAAGUUUAAUAGGCUUCAGUUCCUUUUGUAGUAAAACUGGAUCAGUAUAUAAGUUAUUGCUUAAACUUUCUCCAUGUCUCACUCAAAUUGGCUUCAUUUUUUAUACGGUCUAUCCACUCUGUUAUGAGAUCUCAUAAUAGACUGCAUGGAUAGAACCAAUCGAAAAUGAGACUGAUCUCAUAACAGGCUAGGCAAACGAUAUUAAAAAAAAAUCCAAUUCAUGUGAGACUUAUAGCAAGUCUAGGUAUUGUCUUACUUAAAGGCACAGUUCAGCCUUUUGAACGAUGGUUUUUAGGCGCAUUUUAGCCUUUUUAAUUGAAAAAACUAACUAGGAAAAUCAAUUAAGUAUAAUUCAAAAUCAGUAAACUCGAUGUUUUUAACAAUAAAAAUGUUUUAAAAUGUUAAAAACAUUGAGUUUGGUGAUCUUGAAUUAUGCUUAAUUGAUUUUCCUAGUUAGUUUUUUUCAAUUAAAAGAGCUGAAAUGCGCCUUAAAAACCAUCGUUCAACAGGCUGAACUGUGCCUUUAAAGGUACCUCUAGGGAGAACGGUUUAGAAGUGGUCGGAUUUCCAGUUUAUGAAUAAAGUUAAUCUAUUUUGUGAUCGAAUUCUCCUGUAAGGUCCCCCCCCAUAGAACACUAACGUUUAAGGCUUUGUUAACAAGCAGGUACAUAACGAGCCUCUAGCUUGGGUAGAUUCCAGACCACACCCUACGUAACUUAACUUUAAAUAAAUCAUGAUCACAUUGUCAUUAUUAUUGAAACAGGGACCAGAUUAUGAAAACAUCACCAUAAUUGAUCGAGAGUUUUACGAUGACAUUCUCCCAACAUCCACUGAAGGUCAGUGAUGUCAAAAAAUUCCCCUAACCCCACUUUCACUAACCUAUUACGCUUUUCACUGUAGAGUUGCUGAAUUUUACUAGCGAAAAACAAAGGAAAAGCAAUUCACAAUAUCGUUUGACAGUGAAUAAAUUGAUAAACAUGUGGGGUUUUACCGUAAAGAUACAUUAUAAUUGUUCUCAGAAUGAUCACAGAAUGAUCAUUGCGCGUCCUUAAUCGAGCAACUUUCUUCCAGGUGGUAAGUGUUGUACUUCAUACGUCGCCUUCCAACUUGCCUCUUGCCACUCGUUAGUUGAUAAUAUAACGCCACUUUCGGAAUUUUGGUAUCGUUCAUUCAAGUAAACACGUGUCCAACCCAGUGUAACUAUGCUUUCCUUAUCUGGCAUUCCACACUGCGAACGCCAUAAGAUUCCAGGACGUUGACAUUAGACACUUUAAGCAAUAAGCAGCGCUGUUGUAUCUGUUCCAGAAGCUUAAUGUGACGACGAUAGGUUGUCCACGUUGAGCCUGGCACGUCACCUCUCGCAUUGAAUGAUUGGAAUGCAUCGAGUUUGCGAGCGACUGCUUCCAAGAUGGCGCAAUCUUUCAUGGCGGAUGAAACGUGAUAUUACUUAACGACAAAUUCUGAUGUUUUAAUUGAGCAUGCCAAGUUUGAACAUAGAUCGUAAUGAAUGUGUUUGUAUUGUAGUUAUUAUUUGUGCUCAAAUAACGAAGCCUACGUGUGACUAUGCGAUCAACUGAACUGAACUAAUCAACUGAACUAAUCAACUGAACUAAUUUGUACGGCUUAAUUGGAAGUGUAUCGAAUACGUUUAUCCAUCACUUCAAGUUGCUUUGGAACUCGGUGCGGAUAUUUGCAUUUACAAAACCUGAACAUCAGUACUUACAGAGUAGAUGGCAUCUCUGAACAGUUUCAAGUCACUUUCGAUAUCCAUGUCUCCUGUGUCGCCAGGAAAGCCUGCUUCCAGGAUAGAUUUCUUUUUCUUUCAUUACAUUGUCACUAAUACCUUCUGCUCUUAUUGUGAUAGCAGGGGCUUGGAAUUUCGGUGGUGGCCUCAUUCGUCUUUUUAUAAGACACAUUUCGCUUCUCACCACUCUGUGGUCACUCUGAUCAUCAUUCAGCCUCACAGAUGGCUCUUGUCACCAUGAUAUCAUAAACAUGUCCAAAUGGUUUUAUAUAUACUUAUUAGGAAACUGUAAUAUGGUAUAGCCUGCAGAGUGUGCUCAAUGCAUUUCUCCAUAUUCAGCUUUCCAUUGUAUGUAUAUCCAAAGCACAUGAAUUUUCCCGAACAUCCGAUGCACAUCUAACCAUGAUGCAUUGAAGGUCCCAAUCUUGACCAUCACUUAUUUUAUAAUGAAUGACGAAAUAACUUGCUACAUUGAACAGCUAGCUUAAAAUAUUUGGACCCCCAAAACAAUUUGGAAAACCAAAAAGAUUACAAUUUUUCAAUUCCUCUUCAAAAGCAUAAAUAAUGCACAGUCCAUAAUGUAAAGGUUUAUAUUUUUUUCUUGAAGGCAGAACAUCACUUUACGAAGAAGUAGGAGUACAACAAAGUGUUCAGGACCCAAAUACACAUAAAAUCAAUGGGUACACUGAACUAGAGGCUUUGAGAAGGAGGACGACCGACGAUGAUAAUUAUCAGGAACUAUUAAAACAGGAGCCAGCAUACGUAAUACCGGUUUCCGUUGAACCAGAGUACGAAACACCAAAUAAAUACGUAGACGAAAACGAAGCGUACGAAGAACCCAAAAUAUUGCCCCAAUAUCCUGGUUAUACUGAACUUAAUAAGAACAGACUCAAUCGCACAGAUACAAUGGAUGGUGCUUACCAGAAACUACGAAAGCCAGAUUCAUAUACGAAAACCUCAAAGUGA